AUGACAAGUUUCACUGUCUUCGAGCGUCUUUCUAGAACUUUCCGUGAUCAUCAGUCGCAUCUUAAGCUUGUACUGCUUUGCACCGCCGUAAGUGGUGGUGGUGUUUUGGCUUAUGGUGUGGUUGCUGCAUCUGAACCGGCGGUUACCGAGAAGAAAAAGGUGGUGGUGCUGGGAACUGGUUGGGCGGGCACAAGUUUCUUGAAGAAUCUGAACAAUCCGAAAUAUGAGGUUCAGGUGGUGUCGCCUCGUAACUAUUUUGCAUUUACUCCUUUGCUGCCUAGCGUUACGUGCGGCACCAUCGAAGCGCGCAGCAUUGUUGAACCCGUUCGCAAUAUUUUAAGGAAGAAAAAGGUGAACAUACAAUUCAAUGAAGCGGAAUGUGUUAAGAUAGAUGAAGAAAAUAGGAAACUCUACUGUCGAUCUAAUGUGAACAAUAGUUUGCAUGGGAAAGAAGAAUUUGUUGUCGACUAUGACUACCUGAUCAUCAGCGUGGGCGCUACUGUUAACACAUUCAAUACUCCAGGAGUGGUUGAGAAUUGUCAUUUUUUGAAGGAAGUUGAAGAUGCUCAGAAGAUUAGAAGAAAGGUACUUGACUGCUUCGAGAGAGCAAAUUUGCCCGGUGUUAGUGAAGAAGAGAAGAAGAGAAUUCUUCAUUUUGCUAUUGUUGGAGGUGGGCCAACUGGAGUAGAGUUUGCAGCCUCACUUCAUGACUUUGUCAAUGAGGAUUUGGUCCGUUUAUAUCCCGGUAUAAAAGAUUUGGUUAAAAUUACACUUUUGGAGGCCGGAGAUCAUAUUCUGAGCAUGUUUGACAAAAGAAUCACUGCUUUUGCUGAAGACAAGUUUCAAAGAGAUGGGAUUGAUUUGAAAACAGGAUCCAUGGUUGUGAAAGUAUCCGAGAAAGAAAUUUCCACUAAAGAACUGAAAAAUGGAGGAAAGAUUACUACAAUUCCAUAUGGAAUGGCUGUCUGGUCAACUGGUAUUGGCACUCGUCCAUUUAUUAAAGAUUUUAUGACACAAAUUGGUCAGGCUAGCAGGCGUGCUCUAGCUACUGAUGAAUGGUUGAGAGUUGAGGGAUGCAACAAUGUGUACGCGCUAGGUGAUUGUGCAACGAUAAACCAGAGAAAAGUCAUGGAAGAUAUUGUGGCGAUCUUUAAGAAGGCUGACAAAGACAGUUCUGGAACACUUACGGUCAAAGAAUUUCAAGAGGUCAUGAAUGACAUCUUGGAAAGAUAUCCUCAGGUGGAGCUAUUUCUGAAGAAUAAACAGAUGCGCAACAUUGCUGAUUUAUUGAAAGAAGCCAAAGGAGAUGUUAAAAAAGAAUCAAUUGAACUGAAUAUCGAAGAACUCAAAACAGCACUUUCCAAUGUGGAUUCUCAGAUGAAAUUUCUUCCUGCUACAGCGCAGGUUGCAUCUCAACAAGGCACUUACUUGGCCAAGUGUUUUAACCAUAUGGAAGAGUGUGAAAAAGAUCCUGAGGGUCCUCUCAGGUUCAGGGGAGAAGGCCGUCAUCGGUUCAAACCCUUUAGGUACAAGCAUUUAGGUCAAUUCGCUCCUUUGGGGGGAGAGCAGACAGCUGCCCAGCUUCCUGGGGAUUGGGUUUCAAUUGGUCACAGCAGUCAAUGGCUGUGGUAUUCUGUCUAUGCAAGCAAGCAAGUAAGCUGGCGUACAAGGGCGCUAGUAGUUACGGACUGGGCGAGACGUUUCAUUUUUGGGAGGGACUCAAGUCAAAUCUGAGGGAAUUUCAUUUUCCCGAGUCUUGCAUUGGCAUUAUAGCUGAGCUCUCGUUAAUCUUGAAUUUUAUUUAUUUUAUUUUAUAUUGAAAAAAUUUUGUUUCAA